AGAGUUCCGGUGACUUUCGUGCUUUCAACAGUGUCGGUCGGCCUUCCUUCUCUGCCUUUCACCAAACGUCAUCGAUGGUGCUCUCUCAUCAAUGAAAACUUGAUGCAUUAUUGAAACUACAUGGAGUAGGACUAUUUCUGAAGCUUAUAUCGUCAAUCUUGUAAUGACUUCCAAGAAGUGUUGUUACUUUGUCUAGUAAAUUGAUGCAAUGUAAACUUUUCCAGAGGUGGUGGUGAAGCCCACUCCAAGGUCUUCGAGUGAUUCAAAUUUUCAAAACUCGUGGAAUGAGUCAUGAUCACUCCUGGUUUCCACUAAUAGCUUCAACAAUUAAACAUCGGAUGCAAGCAAUAUAUUUUCUUCUCACUCGGGAAAUCAGUGCUUGAUAGAUUCCUCAUUUCUUGGCUCCCCCUAGCAACAUCAAGCUGCUAAAUCACUUUCGAAGUCGGAAGCGUCUAGCUAUGCGUCUUCUGAUUGAAAUUCUUAUCUUGAACGAGUAACCUCAGCUGGAGCGACCUUACAACGCGAGCAUGGAAGGUGGUUACCAAACUCACACCACUUGAGAGCCCCAUUCAUGGCAGCAUGUUCACUCAGAUUAUACCAGCAAUAAUGAGGCAUUCCUUAUGCAUUCCUGAGAGGAGGAGUAGUUGAAGCAAAGGUUAGGCCUACAUCAUUCUACUAUCAAACCUUGUUCUAAGAUUUCAAUGAUGUUCCAAAACUUAGCCUUGUCCUAUUGAAGUCUUCUAUGAAGGCGUGUUAGAGAACACGUACGGCAUCAUGAGCCUGAUGUCAGCUGCUAGCAACAUGUCGAACGCCACGUCGGCGGCAGCAGCGGACGGCGUGACGGCAGCGCUAUACUGCGGCGAGCGUUGGCAAGCGCUGCACGAUGGCUACCGACCGUGGCAUGGCUGCACUGCGCUGCUCGUGUGUCUGUUUGGCUCGGUCGCCAACACGCUCAACAUAGCCGUGCUAACCAGGCGCGAGAUGUACUCCCCCACCAACGCCAUCCUCACUGGUCUCGCCAUUGCUGAUCUACUGGUCAUGCUAGAGUACAUACCGUUCACGCUGCACAUGUACAUACUGACUAGGCCGGCUGAAGUCAGAUUCACGUACGGCUGGGCAGCAUUCGUGCUGUUCCACUCAAACUUCACGCAGGUCGGCCAUUCGAUCUCAAUCUGGCUGACAGUGACUCUGGCCGUGUGGCGCUACAUAGCGGUGGCCCACCCUCAGCACAACCGCGAGUGGUGCAGUAUGCAGCGCACAAUCUGCGUCAUAUUGACAGGCUACUUGGUCUGUCCACUCAUCUGCAUCCCCGUCUACUUCUCGUUCGAUAUCAGACCUGAAGUGAGCCUCGUCGACGAGUCGGGCGAGUUCUCCAAGUCCAACGAUUCAUCGAUUCCAGUGCACAACGCCACCCUCUUCUACGUCAGCCUCAGCGAGCUCAGUCAGGCAAACAACAAUCUCCUUUACGACAUAAACUUCUGGAUUUACAGUGUAGUCAUCAAGAUCAUACCCUGUAUAGCAUUAACCAUAUUGAGCUUAAGACUGGUGUGUGCGCUCAUGGAUGCCAAAAAACGCAGACAAAAACUGACUAGUGGUAGCAGUAGAAAAAGUGUGAAGAACUUGGACAAAGAACGUCAAACUGACCGCACAACACGUAUGCUACUAGCCGUUCUACUCUUAUUCCUUAUCACCGAGUUUCCACAAGGUAUACUGGGUCUACUCAGUGUUGUCCUUAACAAAAAGUUCUUCAACGAGUGUUACAUCAGUUUGGGUGAGGUGAUGGACAUUUUAGCACUGUUCAACUCUGCCAUCAACUUUAUCCUAUACUGUGCGAUGAGUCGACAGUUUCGAACGACGUUCAGUAUUCUGUUCAGGCCUAGUUGGAUGCCCGUGCCUCAGGUGGAGGCCAACGGCCAUAACGGUCACACUACCACUCAGGUCACUCAGGUCUAGCAGAGGAGACACAAGAGGGUUCCCUGCACUUCACUUUGAACAAAGAGCGAGGUUUUGUAGGCUUCAAUCUCAAGGACGAUCAAUAAUCAACUGCAAUUACUUCUCCUAAACUAUUCAUACUAUACUCUAUCCUAUCGUCCUAUUAUUAAAUCACUGAUAGCUGCGAGAAAAAAGAUUCUUAGAAAUACUUUUUCCACUAACACAAACAGUUUUUAUCAACAUCCCAUCGGAUGGUUUAAAAAAAUUUCUCGAGCAUUGCACAUCUUAAAAGGUUAUUCUCAAUUGAUUACAUACUCCUCUCUUAGAGUAUCUCUAUAUGAUUUAUCUCAAAAUUACUGAGCUUCUCUCGGAAUUUGAUGAUACCUUGAUCAAAUUCAUAAUCUGGAUUAGGAAUGUUUUAUGACCAAGUAGGAGAUAAAACGUUGGAGAAAACACGAGGAUCAUGGUAUGAUUCACGAUGAAGUUCAUGAUAAAAAGUUAACAAAAAAGCAUUGCAUGAGAUCAAAAGUAUGACUCAAGAAGGAAAGCUAGAGUAUUUCACAUCUAUUUUCGUACCAUUGAUGAUUAUUCCUUGAUUACCGAUAUCAAUCAUUGUGUUGUGUUCGAGUUUCUUGAAAAUAUCAUGAGAUAAUAUCAUCUAUCCAAGAUCAACAUUGUUGGAUUGACGCUUAUGUUACUAUUAGAAUUAUGCUUACAUUCUACUAUAAGAUUAAUGGUGAUCCUGGAAGUUUCAAAAAGUAUAGGAAAUAUUGAUUGUCCUUGAUUGAAGCCUCGAAAAUCAAUCGAAUACAUCAUCUUCUUAUGUACUUGGUGAAUUUUCUGACUGAUCGUAAUCCUCCUACAUUAUUGUACCUGUCACACAACCUGAUUUUAGAAGUAUAAACCUCGAUCGAACAAUAUAAUUAUUGAUCAUUCACAUUUCAUUAUCUGUAUAGCACACAUCGAGAGUAAGGUUUCAAAUUGAUUUCGUGAUACAGUAUCCUGAACUGGAUGGAUUAUAAUGCUAUUUAAUCGCGGAAUUCGAUCAGUAUCAUUCAGCAAGUUCACAUGUAUCACUUCGCCCAGAGUUCCCUAGUGAUAAAUUAAUUCUUGAUCUUUAUUCAAAGUGCACUAUCAAUCUACUAGUUGUAAACCCUCUUGUUAUCUAUCUUAUUAGAACUUCCAACUGUGAAUUCCUCAAAGUUCGAAAUUGCUGGAUUAACUCUGUCUGAUCUUUAUAAAUGUGGUGAGAGUACAGAAGUGAUAUCUCACUUAUAUUGGAAUAAGUUAUCGGUGAGAAAAGUGGUCGAUUCCAAAUCAAUUUCUUUUUAUGAUGAUUAUUCUCCCAAAUGGAAUACUUUUCUUUAGUAUAAUAUUUAUUAUCAUUCUCUCAAUCAUUUUUUCAAUUAUCCUUUUUUAUGUUACGAUUCUCUGCUCUAUUUGGUUGUACAGUAACUGGUCACAUCAAUCGAUUCUUCAUUGUAUGCAGUUAUUUUGAUUAAUUCUUGUGCAUUUCCUGUGUAUUGGUUCUUCAGUAUUUCUGUAUUCAUUUCAGUAUCAUUCUGAUUGAUUCAUUCUUUCUGAGGAUUUGAUCAUUCCAGUAUCAUUCUGUCUAAUUCUUUUUGACAUUUUUUUUGCUCCAUUCCGAUUACUGUGAAUAGGACAUUUUCAUUAUGAAUCUAAUAAUUAGAAAAGAUUGGAAUCCAAUCUGAAAACGAGAAUGAAUAAGUUAUAAUAUCCACAUCUCAUCAAUAUUUCAAUGGAACAAAUUAAUUUUUCGUAUUUCUUCAACCAAACAGAUAUUGAUUUUAUUCAGCUUGAAUAAUCAUUAUGAGAGCGCAUUAUCUGAUAAUAAUUCAAUGAUCAUAAUUGAAAAAGCUUUCAUCUCCAGAGCUUCCAGUACCUAACAAAUAUUCUUUCUCUGUAAUCCGUCUCAGUCCAUCUAAUUAUAAAUUUCUACUUUUCUCUUCCACUUAAAUUGAACGAAUUCUUCUUUGUCCUGAAUAAUCAUUGUUAAAUUCGUCCAGCCCACAUUUUCAAUCUAUCCUUUUUCAAAUUUCAAUGUAGCUAUCCAUCACUUAUUUAAUUAGAUAAACGUGUCUUAAAUCAUUGAUUCAUCCAGUUAAUUCUGAUUCAUUCUCUUCUUCUCUCUCUACAAGGUACUUAUUAAACAAUUCUAUGUUAUUUGAUUUUUUUUUUAAUUUUAUUCUCUGGUAACUAGUAGUAGUGAUUGUUACCUUAUAGUUUCUAUUCUAAUGAUUCAUGAGUCAGGUUCCAGUGUUUCCUUAUGUGAUUUUCCAGAGGGAUAAGUACUUGACAAUAUCAUCUUGAGAUUGAUUUAUUCUCAACGAAUCUUCAUUGUCAGCUAUUGUUGUAAAAAUAUUAUGAAAGUUGUAAAAUUUCAGGAAUUUCAUAUUAUUAAUGAAUUUUGAUUGCAAAUCCCGUACAUUUCACAAAAAACUUGGAUUUUCUCAAAAAUAAUAGAAGAAUCUACUCAAUAUCCUAAAUGGACACUAACUUUACUAUUGAAACGUUUUACAUUGCACAAAAAUUGCCCAAACAAGGUAUUAUAUUAUUUUUAUCUCACGUAAGGUAGUAGGCUACAAGCUUUCUGCUUAUUCGGAAUGUAAAUAUAGGAAAUAUUAAUAUCUUCCAAACAAAUGUUUUACCAAAUUUGUAUCCUACAUGUACAUUGUUCAUGAAAAAUUUCCAUUGUAAAUAAUUAUCUUUCAAAAACGAUUACCACUUGUAAUAUUAUUUUAGCUGUGAGUCUACUAGUAAUAUAUAUUUUUGUAAUAGCUUAUUAAAUUAUAACUGUUAUAUUUCUGUGUUAUAGCUAUUUAUGAAACGUUUUUUUCGAAUGAUAUCUCUUGGAAACUCUUACUUGAAAAACUAGUAUGCUCAAGUUUUUCUAUUGUUACGAUACAUAAAAAAUUACACACCAUAAUACAAAAAAUGCCUGCUGCUAAGGCUUGAGUAUGAUUGAUCCAUUGCAUAGCAUUCGAGCCCCUGCUUUGCAAUGAAUCAAAUUCUAUUCUAUCGAUUUGUAGAUUCUAUGAAUAAUUGAUGUAAUUUUGAAUGUAUGUGGUUCAUAGUAGACUAAUAAGUCAUGAUAAGGAAACGGAGUAUAUUAUUAAGAAAUUAUCAAUAUUUCAUGCUUCUUUGUGGAAAAAUAUCGGCAAUAAAUAUUUGUUUUACUAAUUUGAAAAUUCAUUCCAUCCAAAGGUAUUCCAAUUGCGACGAAUCAUUUGAUAUUUGCCACCUGUAAUGUUUUCAACUGGCAUAGUUUGUUUAUCACUUGUAACAGUUUAUUUCAAUACUUUUCCAGAGUUCAAUUUUGUCAUUACAACAUUAAAAACAUUUCAUCACUCAUUUAUUUUCAUUUAAUAAAUUUCAACAUAGGAAAUCAACAAAUUAAAUUCCCAUAUUGGUGACCCCGACGUGAUCUUCAUGCUCCUCUUCAGAGCGUGAAUAGAUGAGAAUGUCAUCCAUAUAAACAGAGAAAAUCUAUUCCGUGUAAAACUUCAUCCAUAAAUCGUUGAAAGGUUUGUCCAGCAUUCCGCAGACCAAAUGUCAUUAAAGGAAAUUCAAACAGGUCAAAUGGAAUGAUAAUUGCGGUUUUACCGAUAUCUUUCUCAGCACCUGGUAUCUGCUGAUGAGCUUUGACCAAAUCAAUUUUCGAAAAAAUUGUGUAUCCAUCAAUAAAAUAAGUAGCAUCUUGUAUAUGGCGAACCGGAUAACGAUCUGGGAUUGUUCGAGCAUUCAACCUGCGAAAGUCGCCACAGGGACGCCAAGAUGAGUCACUUUUAGGUGCUAAGUGUAACGGAGACGACCAAGAACUCUCUGAAGGGCGAGUUGUUCCAGCUUUUAACAUGUCAUCAAAUUCUUUGUGAUCAAUUUUCAGGGCAUAACCGGCGAACUCUACUUGAAACUGGAGGUCCCGCAGUUGUUGGAAUGUGAUGGACAGUCUCAUGUUUUAUAUGUGGUGGUAAACCAGGUGGACGAGUGACCUCCGCCAAUUCAGAAAGGAGAGAGGAAUAAGCAGAAGAAUGUUGGAUGGUUGUAAUGCGGCUCUGUGACAGGUUGCGAGUUAAGCCAGAUGGAGGCAUCAAUGAUAUGUUAUGUGCGACAAUCUGGUACAAGGUGAUAAUGACAAAGAAAAUCAGAACCAAUAAUUGGUACGUCAACGUCAGCUACUACAAAUCUCCAUAAGAAAUUGCGUCGGAGUCCUAAGUCAAAACUUCGGGUUAGGAACCCAUAAGUUUUGAUUUCGCUUCCAUUUGCGGCAGUUAAUUCGUAAUUCACAGGAGAACAUCGUUGUAAUUGACGCCGAGGAAAACAGCAUAAGUCAGAGCCUGUAUCAACUAGAAAAUUAAUUUUAGAAUUUUUAUCAGCGACAAUAAGACGGCUAUUAGAUGCAGACAAGCAGCAAUCAGUUUCCGCCAUUACUGAUUGCUUUGGUUGUUUUCCGACCAGCUGCACUGUUUGGCACAUUUCUAAGCUUUUUCUUGAACUAUCAUGGUAACAGCAUAGGCCCUCUUCUGAUUGGUGCGCCUUUUCACGUGCAGUGGAUUUGUUUACAUUCGAAGUGUUUUGAAACGUCUUGUAAAGUAUGGCCUGGUCUUCAACCCACUAAAAUGCAUCUUUGGUGUCUUCGAGAUUACUUUUAUUGGAUACAGCAUAUCUGCUGCCGGUAUUCGAGCACCUGAAGACCGUGUAAAGGUAAUCCAAGAAUAUCCUUUACCAUGAGAAUUGUUUUUAUUGAAUAUGCCAGUGCAGUGUUGCUAUUAUCCCUAGCUUGCAAAUAAAAUUGCAAAAAGUUAAGGCGGUCCGGCUCGCAAAUAUACUGGGGUUCUGACCACAGCUCUAGCUCAGUGAUAGAUGCAUGAAUACUCUCAAUAUGAUGAAACACUAUGGGUUUCAGCAACUGAUAAUUAACAAUUCUUACCGCUGCUCUCUGGAAGAUAUUGAAGAUUAUCAAUAAGGAAAUCAAAAAGAUAGUCAGUGACUGAUUAUCAGUAACCAUAUAUUCAAUCAAGAAUAAUGAAAAUCAACUAUAAUUCUUCUAAUUAAGUUUCAAAACGCUCAUCAUGAAUACAGGUAUGCACUAAUUUAUCCUUUCGAAAUUCCUUGUGACUUACUAGGCCAGCUCUAGAAGUUCACUGGAUCCUUAUAUGAUAUAUUGUAGACUUAAUAUUAUAAAUAUCAGUAAAGAUUCGCUGGCGGAAUAAUAUGACUAUCAUCAAAGGAUGAUAAGUAAUAGUUGCUCUGAAUAAGAUCAAUCUUAAUUAAUUCACUAAUUGUAUAUGCUGCAGAAUAAAAAUGCUUGAUACCAAGACAGCUCAAACUGUAUAUCACGAGAUGAAUCAGGAAAAGGAUAAAAACUUCUAAUAUUUUGUAUGCUGACAAAAAACACAAAUAUAUUCCCAUGGAAAAAAUAUAUAUAUAAUUGAAU